ACGUGCAUUUCAAAUGGUUUCAAACAUGGCGUCCGAACAGAAGAAAAAUCUGAUCGAAAGUUUGUACGACAUUUGUGCCAUAAAAUUCGGCGAUUUUACGUUGAAAAGUGGAAUACAGUCUCCAGUUUACGUUGAUCUGCGCGUGAUUGUAUCAUAUCCAGAAAUUCUCAAGCGGAUAAGUGAUAUGUUAUGGAAUGUUGCCACGGCAUCAAAGGCAGAUUUUUCGGUCAUUUGCGGUGUUCCAUACACUGCUUUACCGAUCGCUUCUUCCAUGUCCGUGACUUACAACGUCCCGAUGGUGAUGAGAAGAAAGGAAGCCAAAUCCUACGGAACGAAACGAUUGAUAGAGGGAGUGUUUACGCCAGAAAGCAAGUGUUUGGUCAUUGAAGAUGUUGUCACAAGUGGCUCGAGCGUUUUGGAGACAGUCGAAGCGCUUGCUUCUGUAGCGUUACGCGUUUCAGAUGCUGUGGUGUUACUAGAUCGCUUUCAAGGCGGAAAAGAGAUGCUACAAUCGCAGGGAGUGAAGCUUCAUAGUCUGUUAACACUCCCUGAAGUUCUAGAUGUAUUGUUUGCCAAGGGAAAGGUCGAUCAAGAAAUGGCGGCAAAAGUGCGCUCAUUUUUGUCCACAAACAAGUUCCAGCCAUCUGUGGCUAUAGGCAAGGUACCAGCAACUCCAGGAAGCAAACUUAGCUUCGAAGCUAGAGCUCAAAUUGUGACUAACCCAGUCACAAGAAAGUUAUUUGAGAUCAUGCACAAGAAAAAAUCAAAUCUGGCUGUAUCAGUUGAUUUUACGACCUGUGGUGAUGUUCUGAACCUGGUUGACAAAGUUGGGCCACACGUGUGCAUUGUGAAGACCCAUGUUGACAUCCUUGAGGAUUUCACCACAGGAUUUGCCGAGUCUCUCCAACAGCUUGCAGAAAAGCACAACUUUGCAAUCUUUGAAGAUAGAAAAUUUGCUGAUAUUGGCAACACUGUGAAGAAUCAGUACAGCAAAGGGUUGUACCAUAUUGCAGACUGGGCGCACCUAGUCAAUGCACAUGUGGUCCCGGGGGAUGGCGUCAUUAAGGGCCUCAAAGAAAUUGGUGAACCCCUUGGUAGGGCAUGCCUGUUAAUUGGUGAAAUGAGCUCUGCAGGAACCCUUGCCACUGGAGAAUACACUAAAGCAGCAGUGGAAAUGGCAAAGACUCACAAAGACUUUGUUAUUGGUUUUAUUAGCCUAUCCUGUUUAGUGGAUGAUCCUCAGUUCAUUCACAUGACCCCAGGGGUUCAGCUCAGUGCUGGAGGGGAUAAUCUUGGUCAACAGUAUCUCACACCUAGUGAUGUCAUUGUCAGCAGAGGCAGUGAUGUUAUAAUUGUUGGCAGAGGAGUCUACCAGGCAGAGGAUCCUGUCAAGGCUGCUGUUCAGUAUAAAGAAGAAGCAUUUGCUGCCUACAUGCAAAGAAUUGGGAAUUAAAUAAAUCUUUGAAAUCCUGCCACCGCAAUGUGUGUUAUAGGCAACAAUGACUGUCUUUCAGUAGAGUGAAACCGCUUUACUGUGUAUUCCUUAGUUAGAAGGGCUAAGCUAUGCAAUUCUUGGCUUCUUAAAAGUUCAUAUUUUUGUGAGGUACACAUUUUUAUUCUUGUCCAGUAUUGAUCUUCCAUUGCUAAUGACCACAGCUUGUUAGUUUUCCUACCAGAUUCAAACUACAACAGGUUAACUGUGCUUCUUUUUUACUAGCUUAUUACAGACACCUAAUCUUCAUGGACAAUUGUCUUGGUCUCAGCUGAUACACCUCAUCAAUAUUGACACUUCUAGAACUCCUCCAGUGGCCAAACAAAUAAGGUUCAUUUAUAUCCUUUGGUCUUAAUCCACUUAUAAUCACAAGCUGGUUAAGUGUAAGUGUUAAUUGAUUGUCAAAAGGUGUGUGAACUUUCUGGCUAAAGGAGAAGGUCACUCCAAAAGCUUACUUUGUUGUCUUCAGCUGUAGCAAGUAAACAUUCAGCUUUUUCAGCCUAUAAGUGCCUGCUAUCUGGAACAACUUUGUCUCGAAAGAAGCGACUUCGGAGGCCACCAUUUUGAACUGUACUUGGUAGCCAGGCUGUGUUUAUGUGACAUCAUUUCGUCCGACUCGAAAUUGGCAGCAAGAAUAAAAACCAACUGAUUUUGCAUCCUUCACAAGGUUGGCAAAAUGUAUUUUUCCAAGCGAUUAUCCACUUCACUAUC